AUGGAGUUUGUGCGGGCGCUGUGGCUCGGCCUGGUGCUGGCACUUGGGCCCCUGCCCGCCGGUGGCCACCCACAGCCCUGUGGCGUCCUGGCGCGCCUAGGGGGCUCCGUACGCUUAGGCGCCCUCCUACCCCGCGCGCCCGCAGCCCGUGCCCGCGCCCGCGCCGCCCUAGCCGGGGCUGCCCUGGCAUCGCAGCUACCGCACAACCUGAGCUUGGAGCUGGUGGCCACCACGACCCCCGCCCGCGACCCCGCCUCGCUGGCCCGUGGCUUGUGUCAGACACUGGCGGCGCCGGGCGUGGUUGCCGUGCUCGCCUUCCCCGAGGCGCGGCCGGAGCUGCUGCAGCUGCACUUCCUGGCAGCUGCCACCAAGACCCCGGUGCUCAGCCUGCUGCGGCUGGAGGCGCGCGCGCCCCUCGGCGCCCCGAACCCGUUCCACCUACAGCUGGACUGGGCCAGUCCCCUGGAAACGCUGCUUGAAGUGCUGGUGUCUGUGCUGCAGGCCCACGCCUGGGAGGACGUUGGCCUGGUGCUCUGUCGCAUGCGGGACCCUGGUGGCCUGGUGGCCCUCUGGACAAGACAGGCUGGCAGGGCCCCAAAGCUUGUACUGGACCUGAGCCGGCUGGACACCCGUGUUGCAGGGUUGCAGACCCGCCUUGCCUUGCUGGGGGCGCUGGCGGGGGGCUCAGCCCAGGUACCUGUGGCUGUGCUCCUUGGCUGUGACAUGGCCCGUGCCCGUCAGGUGCUGGAGGCUGGGCCCCCUGGACCCCGCUGGCUUCUGGGCACACCACUGCCCGCUGAGGCACUGCCCACAAAGGGCCUGCCACCUGGGCUGCUGGCACUGGGCGAGGUGGCUCGGCCCCCGUUGGAGGCUGCUAUCCACGAUGCAGUGGAGCUGGUGGCAAGGGCACUGGGCAGCGCAGCCCAUGUGCAGCCAGAGCUCACCCUUCUCCCUGCCACCAUCAACUGCAAUGACCUGCAGCCAACCAAGCCCAAGUCCUCAGGCCAUCUCUUGGCACGGUUCCUGGGCAACACGUCCUUCCAGGGCCGCACGGGGCCAGUGUGGGUGAGCAGCUCCUCCCAGGUGCACAUGUCCCGGCACUUCCGGGUGUGGAGCCUGCGCCAGGACCCACUGGGCACCCCAGCCUGGGCCACGCUGGGCAGCUGGCGGGAUGGACGGUUGAAGUUGGAACCAGGGGGUGCUGCUUUGAAGCCCCCACCCCCACUGGGUGCCCGAGCCCGGCCGAAGCUGCGUGUGGUGACGCUGGUGGAGCACCCAUUUGUGUUUGCCCGAGAGCCGGAUGAGGACGGGCAGUGCCCGGCAGGGCAGCUGUGCCUGGCCCCUGGUACCAAUGACUCAGCCACCCUGGAUGCGCUAUUUUCUUCCCUGGCCAAUGGCUCAGUGCCCCAUGCUCUCCGCAAAUGUUGCUACGGCUACUGCAUUGACCUGCUGGAGCGCCUGGCAGAGGACACACCCUUUGACUUUGAGCUGUACAUUGUGGGCGACGGCAAGUACGGCGCCCUGCGGGAUGGCCGCUGGACCGGCCUGGUGGGUGACCUGCUGGCUGGCAGGGCCCACAUGGCAGUCACCAGCUUCAGCAUCAACUCAGCCCGUUCGAAGGUGGUGGACUUCAGCAGCCCCUUCUUCUCCACCAGCCUGGGCAUCAUGGUAAGAGCACAGGACACGGCCUCACCCCUUGGUGCCUUCAUGUGGCCGCUGCACUGGUCCAUGUGGCUGGGCAUCUUCGCUGCCCUGCACCUCACGGCGCUCUUCCUCACGCUGUAUGAGUGGCGUAGUCCCUAUGGUCUCACGCCCCGUGGCCGAAACCGCACCACUGUUUUCUCCUAUUCUUCGGCCCUCAAUCUCUGCUAUGCCAUCUUGUUCGGGCGCACAGUGUCCAGCAAGACGCCCAAGUGCCCCACGGGGCGCCUGCUCAUGAACCUGUGGGCCAUCUUCUGCCUGCUGGUGCUGUCCAGCUACACGGCCAACCUGGCUGCAGUCAUGGUCGGGGAAAAGACUUUUGAGGAGCUGUCGGGGAUUCAUGACCCCAAGCUGCACCACCCGUCCCAGGGCUUCCACUUCGGCACUGUGUGGGAGAGCAGCGCGGAAGCCUACAUCAAGAAGAGCUUUCCCGAGAUGCACGGGCACAUGCGGAGACACAGUGUACCCACCACACCUCAUGGUGUCGCCAUGCUCACGAGCGACCCCCCCAAGCUCAAUGCUUUCAUCAUGGACAAGGCACUCCUGGACUAUGAGGUCUCCAUUGAUGCCGACUGCAAACUGCUGACUGUGGGAAAGCCCUUUGCCAUUGAGGGUUACGGCAUCGGACUCCCUCAGAACUCGCCACUCACCUCCAACCUGUCUGAGUUCAUCAGCCGCUACAAGUCUUCUGGCUUCAUCGACUUGCUGCAUGACAAGUGGUACAAGAUGGUGCCUUGUGGGAAACGGGUGUUCGCUGUCACAGAGACCCUGCAGAUGGGCAUCUACCACUUCUCGGGUCUCUUUGUGCUGCUCUGCCUGGGCCUGGGUAGUGCCCUGCUCAGCUCCCUGGGGGAGCACAUCUUCUACCGCCUGGCUCUACCAUGCAUCCGGAGGGGAAACAGGCUGCAGUACUGGCUGCACACAAGCCAGAGAAUCCACCGCGCCCUCAACACAGAGCCACUGGACAAGCAGAAGGAGCCUGAGCCGAGGGGUCUGGAGAAGCAGCAACAAGACACACCAACUGCCCCAGCAAGUCGGGGCAACUGGACAUGGAUACACCAGACCACGCUGAGGGAGCGUCGUGUGCGCUUCCUGCUGGAGCCUGCUGCAUCAGCAGUGGACACGAAUGUGGAGGGGGCUGGGCUACCCAAGGGUUCUGUCUGGCUCUGCUCCAAUGGCCAGCCACCCACCACGUUGCCCACAGGGGCGCCACGACCAGGAGAGCUGGAGGAACUGGAGCGGCACAUCGCGGGCGCACAUGCAAGGCUCCACCAGGCACUGAUGCGGCGCAGGGAGCUCCUGGCCCAGCUCCCCAGCGGCACCUGA